UACACACACACACACACACAAACACACGGGUCUUCCUUCAACUUCACACCCCAAAUCCAACACCAACACCUAACACACCCUUUCCUUCUCCUUCCAUUUUCACCUUCUGCAAUCCCAAGAACCCAAUAAAAAAGAAAUAAUUUUUAGAACACCCUUUUACUUAAUUUUAUUUUGUCUUCCAUUUUUUUUUUCUUGGGCGAUUAUUGUUAUUUGAUCUGAAGGUAGAAUUGUAGAAGGUUAUUGGAAUGAUUUAUCUCUUGGAUUCUUGUGUUUCCAGCCUUCAUUGGCAUAGUUACUGAUUUUGUUACUUGCCAUGAAUUGUUGGGGCUUCAUCUGUUGCCAGUAUGGAGGUCGAGAGAUCUGUUCCUGUUGUAGUUCUUGGAUAUAUAUCAUCACGUCCUUCACUUUCUCUGUAUUCCCUGCAAAGGAAAUGGUGUUUGUAAUGUCUCAAAUGUGGAUGCCUCUGAUAGAUACAUAGCAUUAUAUGAAAUUCUUAUAGGUUUAGAAUUACUUGAUCAGGAAGAUGGUAUUCCAAUUGUAGUUGCUAAUAGGUAGUAUAAAAGGUUGAAUAGUGAAAUUGGUAGGGGUGGAAGCUAGGUUGCACUUGUUAGUUGAUGAUGUACGGCUUAUCAUGAUCUUUUGGUAAAAGGGAAAAUGGUGAAAUGAACAUCAAAGUCCUUGCUGAGGGAUCAAAUAGAUAAUUUAAAGCAAGCUUUUCAUCUCUGUAGGAAGAUCAAGAUCCAUAUUACUGACUUAAAUACUAGUGAUGGGCUUGCCACAUAUACCCCCAAGUGAAACCGCUGAAAAGGUUGCACUUGUGGGUGUUGUGAAUAGCUCGCGGCAGUUUUCUGAAGCAAGCCCCUCUGCUAUAAGCAGCAUGAACAGUGUAAGCACUAGUGGGUUGGCUGCAUGUACUCUGGGAUCCUCAUUUGAUGAUUUCCCAAAGAAUGCCUCCUUAGAAAUUUCGAAUGUUUGUGAUAAUACAUUUUAUAGAGGAGCCAUGGAAGUCACUUCCAAUGUCCACAGUUUGAAGAUUGGUUCAACAGAUAGAGGUGCCCUUUUUGCUUCAAAAAGUGGAAGAAGUGUUCAUGUUCCUGUUUCUAGGGUUGUGGGUUUUGAAUCGGGCCGAACAAGCUCAUUAACUGAUGGGUUGACUGAAGUUCCUGCUGCAAAUCUUCAUUCUUCUGCUUUUACUAAUGUCCUAGCCAAUGACACUGAAUCUGCCAGUUCGUUGGUUAGGAAGCGACUUUUAUCCCCACUGAGCAGUAUGCUCUCCCCAAGUCAUUUCAAAGGUGAUCCUCUUGACAUUGGCUGCAGAAACAUUGAGACUGGCUCCCUUGUUAAGAAUGAUAAUGUCAGAAAAGUCAUUGCACAAGAUAAUAAGAAGGCAAACAUUGGAAGUAAAAGCAGUUAUACAAUGCCUUCUUGGUCAUUGUCAAGUUGCUUUGAGCAAAAAAACACGCCACACAGUACAGAGUCCAUUUUUCUAAUUGAUGGUCCUUUGCAGGAAAAUAAAGGGAUACUAUCCCAGGGUAGUUCACCCUCUGCUGGAAUUGAUCACUUUAGAGAAUCAAGUCAGGGCAGACCUCAAAGUGGCACGAUAUGUGUAUCUCCUAAAAUCAUGAGCUCUCCUCUUUCCAUGUCACCUCUUGGUCCUAAAUUUUCUGAAAGAAUAAAAACUACUGGAGGAUGUAGGAGUGUCGUUGAAGAGAUAAAUAAUAGCAAUAUAACUUUAAGGAGUAUAGAACAAUCACUUGAUAAUUCUAACUCAUGCCUUAUGUUAAAUCAUAAAGAUGAUGAUUCAGGAAUUGCACGUAAAUCUCUUGAAGACAUUGAAUUCUUAUGCAAAGAAUUUUGUCCAUCUUCUCUGGAUGAUAUUGUUGACAUGAGUUGGCAACUAUCUCAAGAAUCAGCUCCCAUAUCUCACUCCAUGAGGUUCACUAGAAGUUUAAGUGGGCUUUCAGUCAGGAGGUCUUUGGUUGGUUCAUUUGAGGAGUCUCUUUUAUCUGGCCGGUUCUUAUCUGGAACCCAUAGUAAGAAAAUCGAUGGUUUUCUUGCUGUGCUAAGUAUUACUGGAGGAAACUUUUCUCCUAAAUCGCAGAAGCUUCCAUUUUCUGUUACUAGCGUGGAUGGAGAUUGCUAUCUAUUGUAUUAUGCAUCAAUAGACCUUGCAGGAAAUUCUUCAUCAAACAAGUUUAGAGGUCAUCUGCUGAAACGAGGGCUUAGAAAUGAUGAUUUGCAAAAUGUCAAAAGCCGUUUGCGAAUACCAAUGAAAGGACGGAUACAACUGGUGCUAAGCAAUCCAGAAAAGACUCCCCUUCACACUUUCUUUUGCAACUAUGAUUUGAGUGACAUGCCAGCUGGUACCAAAACAUUCUUGCGCCAGAAAGUCACCCUUGAAUCUUCCAGCUCCAGUUCCCCUCAAUUGAAACAUGGGCCAACAGGUUUGAAUAGUGGAGAAGUAAUGCACACAGAUACAGUUGAUGCUGUAAAUAAAACAAAAUCUACAAAUCAAAGAAACAGAAAGGACUCUAGCUUGGUGAAUUUAAUGAACAAAGAGGAUUCUUGCAAGCAAUCUCCAAACAUGAAAAUGCUGGGAUUGCCUUCCUCAGUAAAGCUUGAUCAUGAUGGAUGUUUAGCUGAUAAAUGUGGGAGGAAUGGAAGAAAUGAGUGCUGGGAUAAAACAUGUGAUGAAUCAGGGAAAUCAUUAAAUUCUUGUUCAAAGAUCAAUGAGAAUUCUAAUAGUGCUGGUCCACUUCGUUAUGCUCUUCACCUCCGCUUUAUUUGUCCUCUUCCUAAGAAGACCAAUAGAUCAGUUCAGAAAUGCAGACAUAAUUCUCUUCCAGAAAAAGCUGGAUUGGACAUGGAAGGGGAACGGAGAUUCUACUUAUGUAAUGAUAUGAGGGUUGUGUUCCCUCAACGUCAUUCAGAUGAUGAUGAGGGCAAGUUGAAUGUGGAAUACCAUUUUCCUGAAGAUCCAAGAUACUUUGAUAUCAACUGAAAAUUAUAGUUUACCUCAUCAAAAAGCAUGAUUUGCUUUUGCUGACACUCUUGUACAUAGUCACGUACUGGUCUUCACUUUAGUCAUGUCCUCUGGAAAAAUGGAACUAACCCUGUUCCUCCUGUAAAUAAAAACAAUUUCAAUAAUUAAAUGGGUUAACUAUUUUCAAUUGCUGACUUAAAGUAAGCUGUUACAAAUGGAUGUAGAAAUGUUUCGUGUAACUUGAUUACCCCACCCUUUUUAAUUAUUUUCUAGAACCAA